UCAACAGCCAUCACAACCACCAGCUCUGUCCCCGACAUCCCCGAAUAAAGCCACUGCGAAGUACACGAAUAAGGAUGGUUCGAAGUUCAUAACUGUCCCCAAGUCGACCACGAGUACUUCAUCUGAGACAUCCUCAACCAUGGCCCAAGCAACAAAGACAAACGGGCAAACGCCUAACCCCUCUACAGACACAGGUGCUGCACCAGCCGUGAACCGGAAGAAGCAGAAGCGCAGACAAAAGCAAGCUGCUCGACUAGCCGCCGAACAGCCGGUGGCCCAAAAUGGCGUGGAAUCUGUACGCGAGGUUAAGCAGAAGAUGGAAGAAUUAGAAGCACGCUUGCGCGAUCACGGUUUGGACGACCACUAUCACGAGAAUGCCCGGUUCGAUGCCGCCGAAGGUGAAUAUUACAGCGAGGAAGAAGGCGAUAACUACUCGUACGAGCAUAACGAUUCCCCACCGAACGGCUACCCGAAUCCUCCUUCGAAUCCACCAGGGAAGAAGUCAAAGAAGAAAAAGAAGAAGGCAGGCCAGACUUCCGAAUCUUCGAAUCAACGUAACGCGUUUACGAAUGGCACUCACAAUCAUGUAUCGCUUCCUCUCCCUCCCUUACAAACAAACAUGCCAAGAGGACCCGGCAUUUCGAAGGAAAAGAUAUGGAACACCUCUUCUCAGGAAGAGCGCGAACGAAUAAAGGAGUUCUGGUUAUCCCUUGGCGAAGAUGAGCGCAAAUCCCUCGUCAAAGUAGAGAAGGAUGCUGUUCUGAAAAAAAUGAAGGAGCAACAAAAGCAUUCUUGCAGCUGCACUGUUUGUGGACGGAAACGUACUGCGAUCGAGGAGGAGUUGGAGGUUCUUUACGAUGCAUAUUAUGAGGAACUCGAGCAAUAUGCUAAUCAUCAAGGAGACGGUGGACCUCCACCAAUGAUGCCUCCGUCGCGUCGGUUUGGCGCGAUGAGUGGACUGCAACCACCAAACCGCCUACCUACAGCUUUCAAUGGCCAACAACCGUCACGAGGUAGAAUAGUUGAGCAGUUAGGCGAUGAUGAAGAAGAAGAGGAAGAAGGUGACGAAGAAUACAGUGAGGAUGAUGAGGAUGACUACAGCGAUGAGGAACCGGAGGAGCUUCCACGAAAUCACGCAACGGACUUUUUCAAUUUUGGCAACAGUCUUACUGUUCAAGGAGGGAUACUUACCGUGGCGGAUGAUUUGUUAAAGAAUGACGGGAAGAAGUUCAUUGAGAUGAUGGAACAGCUUGCUGAACGUCGGAUGGCACGUGAGGAAGAUGCUAGGGAGCAAUACGCCAAUGCGAAUUAUGGCCAUCCACCAAACGGCUCUAUUCAUCCCCACUCUCAUACACAUAACCCUCCACCUCCUCCGGACGAUGAAGAGUACGAUGACGAAGACGAGGAAGAGGAAGAGUAUGAUAGUCAAGAAGACUACGACGAAGAGGAGAUGAUGGAAUCCAUGACUGAAGAGCAGCGAAUGGAGGAAGGACGACGAAUGUUCCAGAUAUUCGCAGCUCGGAUGUUUGAGCAAAGAGUAUUAACCGCCUAUAAGGAAAAGGUUGCGAAAGAGCGGCAGCAAAAGCUUCUCGAGGAGCUGGAGGAAGAAAGCAGGGCUGAUUCCCAGAAGAAGGCUAAGAAAGCCAAGGACGCCCAGAAGAAGAAAGAUAGAAUUCAGCAGAAGAAGCUGGCUCUUGCAGAAGAGAAGGCACGGAAAGAAGCCGAAAAAGCCGCCGAGGAAGCCGCUCUCCGUGCUGCUGAAGAGAAGAAGGCUGAAGAGCAACGUCUGAAAGCCGAGGAAAAGCGGAAGAAGAAAGAAGCUCAGAAGAAGGCCGAGGAAGAGGAGCGUAUGCGGAAGGAGGCAGAAAAGCAACGACGACUGCAGGAACAGCGAGAGCGACAAGCUGAGCUUGAGAGAAAACAGCGUGAGGCGAAGGAGAAGGAGAGAAGAGAGAAGGAGGAGUUGAGGCAAAAAGAACGUGAAGCCAAGGAGGCUAAGGAACGGGAGGCCAGAGAGCGGAAGGAGAAACAGGAGCGGGAGAAGAAGGAAAAGGAGGCCAAAGCCAAGGCUGAAAAGGAGGCGAAGGAACAACAAAAGCGCGAGGAGUCGGCCGCUCAACAAGCGGCUGCUCAAGCGGCUCUUGCUGCUUCCCAAGCUACCAAGCGACCGCCUGUCCCAAUCCCUGCGAAUCUUCAGCCACAUCCGCCUGCCGUUGCUUCGCCGCAUAUUCCAGUUGCAACCCCCGCAGUACCAAAGGCGCCGACUCCUGUCAAACUUCGAACGGAUUCUCAGAGAGACUCUUCUAAUGGGUCUGUACCUCAGACUCCUCAAACUGGUGGUAUUAGCCAAAAUGUCUCUCCUGUCCCUUCAACCCCCUUGCAAGGGAGCCCUGGCCCCAUCGGACCCCCAGGGAAAGCACAGCCACAUCAGCCCUUUUUCCACCAGCCGCAAGCCACUUCGCCUAUGCAUUCCGCUAUCAAGAGUCCUCCUGGCAUACCACCAAAUCCUUUUGGUUUGCCACAUAUGGGCUUCCAGCCUGGUAUGCCAAUGAUGCCUCCUGGUUACGGUGGACGUCUGCAUCACGAUCCGAUGUUUCCUCAGCCAAUGGGUGGACAGUUUCGGCCUGGUCCAACUGGCAUACCUAUUCACCCCGGACACCAGAUUCCACAGGGAAGAAGUUUCCCAAUACAACACCCACCACCAGGGUUCUCGCAAAGUCCAAUAGGAAGUGUUGGCCAGUCCUUCGGUUCUCAGGAAAACAUACCAAUUCAGUCACAUUCUCGGCAGCAGUCUGCUUCUUAUGAGAAGCCUUUCGAGGGAUCGACGUCAGCACCACAAACGCAACCAAUCGCUCGACCCGCACCAAUCGGUCGGCCUUCGAGUGUGGUACAAGGACUUCGACAUGGUGAAACUGGUAAGAAUGAUGUUGACGAUUUAAGCAAUCAUCUUGGCAGCAGUGCUCUAUUAGAUGAUUCUGACGAGCCCCUCAAUUCUGGAUCUGGUAUUGGGCGAAUGAGUGCCGCACCCGGCAAUGCGAGUCGGCAAGCCUUUGCGCCCCCGCCGUUUGGCAUGGAUCCUUCUGCAUUUGGCAAUCCCAUCACAGCUGGCGCGUAUAACUUUUACACUCCAACAAGUGCUUUUGGUACGUCUCUACCUGGGACGAACUACAUGGGGGGAGGGUUCUUCAAUUCUGCAAGCAGUUCGUUUGGCGCGGUCGGUGGCUCAUCAGCUAUCCGGCCUUCCCAGCCUCAUGGCCGCUCUAUUGCCGUCAGACUUAUGCUCUGCCGCGCCUGCAAGAAGCUUGAAGGCUCUUCACCUGAUGGGUACGCUGAUAUCAACGCCAUCAUCGACUAUCUCAAUUCUUCCGGCGAAGGCCACGUUUCUGAAAGAGAGAUCCUCGACAUCUGCGAAACAGAAGGAAACUCCCAGAAUGGCGGUGGAUCGUUUGACGUCCGCAAAGAUAGCAAUAACCGCUACUCUAUCCGCCACGAGAUCGACCUUCCCUCCUCCCAUCGUCCUGUUGGUGCACCUGGCGAAAUCGGCAGCCCUAUUGUGGGCGCAGGAGGAAUAUCACGCUUCCCUGGGCCUCCUGGCUUCUAAUCUACUUCGAUGUGUGGGAUACUUCCAGACAUUGAGACGAGCUUCUAUUAUUUGCUGGACAUUCCUGCGAAUUCUUCUUUGUAUCAUUGAU